UCGAAGAUUGUCGACUAUGGGAAAAAAGGAAAGAGCUAAUUAACUAAUUAUAGUUUGAGAACCUCGAUUACGACGAAGUAAUACAUAGUGAGCUAACAGUGUAAUGAAUUUGAAUUUAGUAUUGGGUGUCUUUGCGUCAUAUAUCUCAAAGGUUAGGGUUCAAGGCGCCUAAUUUACUUCAGUCAAUGGAAUUAAAAAAAAAACUUUAACGAUCAAUGUCUCGAGCCACGGGGCAGAGCGAUGCAUAUUUCUGCCAGAUUCUUUUGUUACAUGCAAAAACGCUUAUCAAUUUCAUUGAUUUUUGUGGUGUGGGAGGGUAGUCUGAAUAAUCACCAAAAUCAACGCAUCUUUGAACUUUGAAGCUAUUUCAAGAAAAGCGAUAUCAUGAAUGUCCUUGCACGGUGUCCCGGAUUAUACUGUGGCAGGGAAUUGCUGCCGGAUGGAAAUUGGAGCAAUUGUGGAGCUUGUCCGCGUGGCUUCCGCGCUAACGCCUCAUCGGCAUGCGAGCCCUGUGAGGACGCGCCAAUGUUCUACGAUUGGCUGUACCUAGGUUUCAUGGUUCUGUUAGCUUUGGUGCUGCACUGGUUUUGCAUUGACAUGGUCGCCAUGCGCCGUAAUAUACCCAAAGAGGUGAUCGCCCUUCAUCUCUCUGCAUUAUUUGAAGUAGUCCUGGCAUCCCUCAUAGUCCUUCAGCUAACAGAUCCCAUUGGAUCGUUCAGCAUUAAGUCAUGCAAGGCAAAAAAAUUAUCGGACUGGUACACGCUACUGCAUAAUCCGAAUCCUAAUUACGAAGCAACUUUACACUGCACGCAAGAGGCAAUUUAUCCAUUAUAUACUAUGGUUUUUGUCUUCUACGCUUUAGGAAUAGUUCUCAUGCUGUUAAUAAGGCCACUAAUAGCUAAGAAAUUUUUACCAAAACAGGGAAAGUUCUCUAUUUAUGCAGCGUUGUAUUUCUAUCCAAUCCUUGCACUGCUCCAUGCUGUGGGAGGAGGUCUAAUAUAUUACUCCUUCCCUUACAUUCUUAUUAUCCUGUCGGUGCUUUCAAAUGCAGCACAUUUCGCAUUUAAACUGAAUCAAACGGUAAAGUCAUUGUUGUUGAGUUCCAUCUCUGAUAUAAAGAAUGUGAUUGUCAUUUUGGGCCAUUGGUUGCUGCAUGGAUAUGGCGUGAUAGCGGUCGCGACUCUUCGGGAAAUCACUAUUCAUCCUACAAUGUUGCUCCUAGUUGUAUUACCUGCUCUGUUUUAUAUUAUAACGGCGAAAUUCACUGAUCCACACAAACUGCAUAUUGAAUAAGUCUCCCAAGCAGAAUAUACAUACAUAUAGUGUUUAUACGUACUAUCUCUCACAUGUUUAAAAUUAACAUGAUUAGGCUGUGUAUUUAUUAUGUGAUAAAAGUGAGAUUUUACGGACAUACACGUGAAAGCAUUGUGGAAUUCUUUUAAAAAGAUUCUCUUUCAAUAGUUCGUGAAAUUACGAAAAUAUGAAUGCUGUGGUAAAAAAAAGUUGAUAGAGAACGAUUGGAUUUCUAUGAAUUUGUAGUUUUCUAUAAAUUUAUAUCAUUUUCUAUCGUCAACUUCGCGAGCAUCACGAUUAAUCAGAUAUGAAUCCUAUUAUAUUUUAUCAAAAUGUGUACAAGAUUCCUAUAAGAUUUGAUUCAAAUCAGUGAAUUCAUGAACCAGAUUCCAUAUUCAAAACGAUGGGAUUCUUUUCUAUCGUUCUCCAUCAUCUUUUUUUACCAGAGUAUAGUAUAAAGCUCUUAAAAGAAGUUAGCAAUUUUUGUAUUUAAUGUUUGCUACAUACAUAUAUAUUUCAUUACAUGUACGUACAUCGAGAUACACUUUUGCUACGCAAUAUAAUGAUUGCACACGGGUAUACAUAAUUCAAAUAAAACAUUUUUUUCAUAUUAUAGUUUGUUUCAAUAUACGAACGAAUGAAGCUUUUGCACAAAUCCAAGAAAUAACUUCGCCCAUUUUACUAUUCUGGAUUAUGACCUAGAUUAUGACAUUAAAUAUAUUCGAUCUCUAUAUGUAUUUGUACAGGACAUUAAGAGAAAUAAUAUAAUUUAAGUCUCACAAACGGAAGAUGACAACUUUGGUAGAGGGUGAACAUCAUAUGUUAUUAUUGAUGCGUUCAGGGAAACUAUUAGCUCUAUUUCUGAUUAGACUAUCUUCAUCGUUUAUUAGACAUAAAACAAGGACAGAAUGGCACGAAUAUCUCCCCGAACGCGCCUUAUAUGUGAUACUUAGGCCGCUAUUUCGUCUAUGCAUUUUUAUCGUACGACUAAUGUUUUAAGCCUAUUGAUUGGCUACAAGAUAGAGAGAUCCAAGGAUCUCUCUGUCCUGAACACAUUUGUCGUAUGACAAAAACGCACGAAUGAAAUAAUAGUAUCCUCAGCCAUGGUGGAAGAAACCAUGAUAUUAGUCAAUUGAUACGAAGAAAACUUCAUACUAAUUAAUUAUUAUAGUACAGGUGUAUAUCAAUUGCCCAUGUCACUAAAAUGGGCAAAUUGGCAAAUUUGAAAUAAUAUAAUAUCAUAUGCAAGAAUAAAAU